AUGUUAAGUCAGAUACGUCCACCUAUCCCAAUUGCUGAUAUUAAAAACUGUCAAAAUUCAUGUAAUGAAAGUACUGUCAGAAGAUCAGGUGAUGAGUGCCACUGCGAUCAACAUUGCGUUGCGUUCAGAGAUUGUUGUUUGGAUUAUUGGCAAAGGUUUGGACAAAAUUCUUGUCUGUUUUGUUUUCCCGUACAGAGGUCAGGAUUUCUUGUAAAUCUUCUUCAUGUAUCUUAAUCUUAUUCUCUUUCUUUCAUCUUGCGUGCGUCCAGUUUUUGUUAAUUCUAUUCUCCACGUACUUCUUUGUUCUCUUCUGCAUAUUUUCUUUUUAUUUAAAGAUCGAUUGAGCUUUCUUAUGUGUUGUCUCCACGUAAAUCAGUCUCUAGCUCUUGCAUCGUAACUUUUAUGGAAUCUUUUUAAUAGGCAAUUCCCGUUAUAGACUAAUUUUUAUCUUGGUAAAAAAGUAUAUUCCCGAAAAGAGCAUACUAAAAUGAGUAAAAUUGCAAAGUUUGGUUGUGAAAUGUUGUAAAAUGUGGAAAAUAUAGCCUUGCAAAGUUCGCAAAUUUUGUAUACGUUUGUAUUGCGUGCGGAAAUCGCUGCCACAUUUGGGCCGAAAAUGGUAGCAAUUUCCGUAUUCAUUUUAGUAUGCUCUUUCUAGCUGUGGUGAUUUAUUUACAUCUCCUUGUCUAGUUUUGUCUGUCGCAUCUCUCUAUCACCUCCUCUGUCUUUCUUCUGGAUCUUUUCUCUUACAGGUUCAUGUUCUUUCCAUGUUCUUUAUUUAACUUUCUAUCAUCCAUUCUUAUCAAAUGUUCAAACCAUCUCAUUAUUCCUUCUACUUUCUGGAAUAUAUGUCUUCUACUCGAGCUCUUCUAGUCUUGUAUCCUUCGUAACAGUUUCAUUAUUUUAUUAUUUUCGUUUGUUUCUCAAAUGUUUUUUCCAUUUCUUGUAUUCUCUAGUUGUAAUGCCUCGUUCCUCGACGCAUUUAACCACACCCAACAAUUUGAAUGUUUGGAAUCGUCACUAAAACUAUCCAACCGUUUAGAAAGUAUAAAAAAAUCCGGUUUCCAAGUGGUUACCAAAUGCCCCGGAACAUUCCAAAAUCCAGAGCUGAAGCGGAGAUGCGAGAAUCCAGAGUCCAGCCCUUUUGUAGAAGGAAACGAUAAUAAAACGUACAGAAAUGUGGAAUGCGCGCUCUGUAAUGGGAUUGGAACCUGGACGAUUUGGAAUACAAAUUUGAGUUGUCCCAUACCAACUUUCUUGCUUAUACAGGAACGGCUUGAAAGCAAGAAUUUUAGCUUUAGCUUCACAGAGAGAGAAAUGAUCCGAAAUAACUGUAAAAUUGAAAUAAUCCCACCAAACAAUACAACGGGUUUUGAUUGCAGAGUGGUUUCGGAGUGUCAGGACAAAACUAAUCCAGACUACUUAAAAUGUGCCGUUUAUAAACAACAAAUUUAUUCGUACAUUCUAAAAUGGUCUGCAGUCCGGAACCCACAUUGCGCCAGAUGUGAUGGAGCCCCUCUUUAUCUUCUCUCUUUAAUAGAUGAAUUCAGUUCGACUGGAACCGGGAACUCGCUUACAAUUUUAUUUGACUUUUCAAAAGCGUCUCAAAUUUAUGGAAUAGAUGACACUCACACCUGCCCGAAAGGUGAACUGUACGAUUUUCAAUUAAACUCCUGCAGGGAACAACGAAUAAAACUGAGCAAAAUUACUCGAGCAAUGAAUUGGACUUGUCCAUUUCAGAAUGAAACGUUCCCUAAUUCGUCAGCUUAUAUUGUUGUGUAUGAAAACAGUUCCAUUUUUGUUCCAGCUCACAGACAAAUUUAUGAACCAAAAGAUUAUUAUUGGGAUAAGAGGAAUGUCACUGUUUGUGGACACUUUACAAAACAAUUCCCAAAGUUAACCGGAAGCUCAAAAGUUCGCCUCUAUUCUAAAACUGAAUUUAAUUUAACUGUAGUCGGUUAUGUGUUAUCAAUCUUAGCUCUACUCCUUGUCCUGCUUACUUAUUCUUUAUUCAACGAGUUACGAACCCUACCUGGGAAAAUUACAAUGAAUCUUUCCGUGGCUCUCCUACUGAGUCAAGCUGUAUUUCUGGUUGAUAUGUUUGAAGAGUUCUCUGGCGAAGUUUGUAAAGGAAUCGCCAUUGUACUUCAUUAUUUGUAUUUGUCUUCGUUUUGUUGGAUGAGUGUUCUUGCUCUUGAUGUCGCCAAAACGUUUUCGUCAAAAGGUGAGUAAAGAACUCAAAAAUAUUUCAAAUAUCAUUACUUAGAGGUAGAACACCAUCCUUUAUUGAUCUAGUGUUACUACAGGAGGAAACCUGAACUAAACUAACUUUAUUUAUACUGGAUAGCUCUACCAGUUCUAAACUGUUCUUCCUAGAGGCCCAGUAAAUAUCAUCUCUUAUUGAUCCAGUGUUACUAGUACAGGAGGAAACCUAACCUAAACUAAUUUUAUUUAUACUGGAUAGCUCAAUUUAUCAAUAUAGUGUUUGUGAGAUAUUAAAUAUAUUUUGUUUAACCUAUAUAUAGGACGUCGCUCGCAACCGGACUCACAGAAACGAGCAUUCCUUCUCCGUUCUUUUUACGCAUGGGUUUUACCCCUUCUUCUGGUUAUGAUAGCAUUGAGUAUUGAUAGUUCAGGAGCUAUGGAUGUCGGCUAUGGUAGGUGGAACUCAGGGGUCAUCGGCCUAAAACUUAAAAUAGGCAGUUCUUAGAAAUUGAGUUUUCGAGAUUUACAGUAUAUGAAAAUUAGCUAUAAAUUAAGCUGCCAGACAGAUAUAGUUAAGAUAAAAGCAAAUUAAACAGCAAAAGUCAAAAUCAAUCCUUAUACUUUUAUCUUUUCAAACAGGGAAUGCUCAGUACUGCUGGAUAACAAAUCCUUGGGCGCUGGCGAUAUUCUUUGUUGUUCCAGUUGCGUUGAUAUUGCUUUUCAACAUCAUUGCAUUGGCCCUAGUUUUAGUUUCCAUUCGACAAGAACGUAAUGUAUGUUAGUUUAGUUUAGUUUAGGUUUCUUCCUGUAGUAACACUGGAUUAAUAAGAAAUGAUCUUUACUUACUAGGCCUCUAGGAAGAACAGUUUAGAACUGAUAGAGCUAUCCAGUAUAAAUAAAGUUAGUUUAGUUUAGUUUAGGCUUCCUCCUGUAGUAACACUGAAUCAUUAAGGGAUGAUCCCUAUUGGACCUUUAGGAAGAACAGUUUGGAACUGAUAGAGCCAUCCGGUAUAAAUAAAGUUAGUUUAGUUUAGGUUUCUUCCUGUAGUAACACUGGAUUAAUAAGAGAUGAUCUUUACUUACUGGGCCUCUAGGUACAACAGUUUAAAUAAAGUUAGUUUAGCUUAGGUUUCCUCCUGUAGUAACACUGGAUCAAUAAGAGAUGAUCCUUACUGGACCUCUAGGGAGAACAGUUAAGAUCUGAUAGAGCUAUCCGGUAUAAAUAAUUAAAGUUAGUUUAAUUUAGUUUAGGUUUCCUACUGUAGUAACACUGGGUCAAUAAGGAAUGAUCCUUACUGAACCUCCAGGGAGAACAGUUUAGAACUGAUAAUGUUUGCUUAUGGAUGCUUUUAGAUAACAAAGAAGAUGAUAAACAAGCGAACAACGAAACAAGAUUUCAGCAUCUGUUGGAAACUUACAACCGUUUUAGGAUUGACAUGGAUUCUGGGACUCGGGGCACCAUACCAUAUUGUCUUGCGUAUUAUGUUUAUCUUAUGCAACUCCUUGCAAGGUAUACAUAUAAGGUCUAUCAUUUCUAAACUAUUUUUCAUGGAGAUCAAGUAUUAAUGAAACUAACUUCAUUUAUACUGGAUAGCUCUAUCAAUUCUAAACAGCUCUGGAAUCCUUUUAAUAUCUUUUUUCAUUUAACUCAGGGUUGUUUCUCAUGGCCGGGUUUAUCUUGACAAGGCGUACCUUAAAUUUGUAUCUGCGCAUGGCAGGAUUGGGAACGAUGACGUCACGAACCGUGGCAACACGAAGCACAAUUAGUAGUAACAGAACCCGACGGCGGAGUAACAGCAGUGUUGCAAAGGCCUGGGUCACGACUAAAGCAGUCACGAAACAACAAGGCGUGCCCGAGAGAUUGGAGAAAAUUCAGACCAUUAAGCCAUCUUCUGAACUCCCAGGGUCUGUUGAAAUGAAAAUGGUAAAUACGGAUUUAUAA